UUGCUGUAGCUUCUUCUUACACCCAGUUUCGGCAAAAUUGUACACGUUUUUUUUUCUGGCGAGAAAGUGCUUGUUCUCUUUUAUUUCUGCUUGAAUUCCACACCAUUGUCGUUCUUGGAACACAGAAAACAUGGCUCUAACGUCGCGGUUUUACAACGAGCGAUAUCCCGAAAUCGAGGAUGUCGUCAUGGUGAACGUGCUCUCCAUAGCCGAAAUGGGCGCUUACGUACAUCUGCUGGAGUACAACAACAUUGAGGGCAUGAUAUUAUUGUCUGAGCUGUCACGUCGCCGUAUUCGCUCCAUUAACAAACUGAUCCGCGUGGGAAAAACCGAGCCGGUUGUCGUCAUUCGUGUGGACAAGGAGAAGGGCUACAUAGAUCUUUCCAAGCGUCGCGUUUCGCCCGAGGAUGUGGAGAAGUGCACCGAACGUUUUGCCAAGGCAAAGGCCAUCAACUCUCUGUUGCGGCAUGUGGCCGACAUUCUCGGCUAUGAGGGCAAUGAAAAGCUGGAGGAGCUCUAUCAGAAGACCGCCUGGUAUUUUGAAAAGAAGUACAACAGCAAGACUGUGGCGUACGACAUCUUCAAGCAGUCGGUGACGGACCCAUCCGUAUUUGACGAAUGCAACCUGGACCCGGAAACCAAGGAGGUGCUCCUGAGCAACAUCAAGCGCAAACUCGUCUCGCCCACUGUCAAAAUACGCGCCGAUAUCGAGUGCUCGUGCUACGGCUACGAGGGCAUUGAUGCCGUCAAGGCAUCACUCACCAAGGGCCUGGAGCUGAGCACCGAAGAGCUGCCCAUUCGCAUUAACCUUAUAGCCCCACCGCUAUAUGUGAUGACAACAGCCACCACAAAGAAGACAGACGGCCUCAAGGCCCUGGAGGUGGCCAUCGAGAAUAUACGGGCCAAGAUACUGGAGUACGAGGGCGAGUUCAAGGUGAUAAUGGCACCCAAACUUGUGACGGCCAUCGAUGAGGCAGAUCUGGCACGGCGCCUGGAGCGUGCCGAGGCUGAGAAUGCCCAAGUCGCUGGCGAUGAUGAUGAGGAGGAUGCCGCCGAUCAAGAGGGCAUGCAAUUCGAUCCCGAGAAGGAGUUCAAUCACAAAAACUCAACGGCGGAUGCCAAAUCGGAUGAUGAUGAAGACGAGGAUGACGAGGAUUAAACUUUAAAGUGAAACUAAAACAAAAUCGAUGAUGCGCGGGGGGAGGUGCGUCGUGCGUUGAAUGCGUUUAGCGUGCGUGCGUGUGAAACAAUAGAAUCAGAUUUUUGUAUAAUUUAUAUUUCUAAAUAUAUAAAUAUUUAACGAAAGUUAUUCAAAGCCACGAAAAAGAAAAUAUUUAAAUAAGAAUAAAUCAGCCUCAGCUGCCAGAUGGUAAAGAAAAUACAUAAUUCAAAUCAAA